GCUUUGCUCUAUAAAUCUAUUUGAAACCUAGCACACAUCAUUUACAAGAUCUGUACAAUACACACCUACAAAAUCAAGAAUGCAGUUAAUAAAAUAUUUCACUUUUUUGUUUGUUUCUUGCGCUGUUCUGAUGCCGGAGGAAAUAGUUGCCAGAUCAGUGGGCCUCGGAAGAGAGAAUGAAAGGCCUUCCCCGAUCAUCGUACAACAUAUUUAUCGCAGUGGCCCAGUGGGGAUUCCGGAAAUGCCCUUGGACUUUCACACGAAGCAUAGCCCUUGUGACAUGGAUUCGAGGGGCAGGCAGAGCUAUGUGCAUGCCUUUCCCAACCAUUGUAUUUGGGUCUACAACAACCGGUACUUGAGCGAAGGACACUUUCGCAUCUACAAGACUUAUCAGUUGGAAGCCUUUUUCUUUGGCCAGUAUUACGAGCGCCUAAAGCGUUAUGAAUUCGAACCUCAUAUCUACGAUUACAACAUGUAGAAAAAAGCAUUACAAUAAUAUUAAAUCUGUUUAAGAUUCAAUAAAUAAAUUCUACGUCUUUUCUGGUUA